AUGGGCUUCACUAAGAAGGAUGCUUACAAUUAUAUUAACAAGGCUAAAUGUGCAAAGAUUAUUGAUGGGGACGCUAACGCCGCUGUUGUAUACUUGGAGGGUAAAGCGGGGGCAGAUUCGAUGUCGAUGGCUAGGUAUAAUCUUACUAAGGAUAAUAUGCUAGCCAAUAUGUUUUGGGCGGAUGGUGGCAGUAGAGUUGAUUACCAAUACUUUGGGGAUGUUCUAGCCUUUGAUUCGACCUAUAAGAAAAAUAAAUAUCAGAGACCGAUGGUGAUAUUUUCUUGUGUGAAUAACCAUAAGCAGACGACAAUAUUUGGGUUUGGCUUGGUGUUAGAUGAAAGCGUUGGGUCUUAUAAGUGGUUGCUGGAAAAUUUGUUGGAAGUCAUGCGUAACAAGAAGCCGUCGGAUGUCAUCACGGAUGGCUGUGAUUCAAUGAAAGCUGCAAUCAAGUCUAUUUUUCCGGAGGCAACGCAUUGA